GUGGAGAGAGCAUAGCUGUUGUUACCAACCAACCCAAAGUACCUAACAAGAAGCCAGAGUUUGCCUUCUUUACCUACCCACCCCACCUACUUCCCCCCAUCCCUUCUCCUUCACUUCUCUCUACAUCCCUAAAAACUUAGUCCAAAUUCAUUCUCUGCUCAUUGCAUUGAUCGCGUCACUAAAGGUUUAUAAAUUUCUCCAUUGUUUCAGUAUAAGUGAGAAGAUUCAAAGAAAAUGUCCCUUACUGAUUCAGUGCAAAACAAAGAGCCUGGUGUCAUCACCUGCAAAGCUGCUGUGGCAUGGGGACCAGGAGAAGCAAUGGUAAUUGAGGAGGUGGAAUUGAGUCCACCUCAGCCUAUGGAGAUUCGUGUUAAGGUUGUCUCUACUUCUCUCUGUCGCAGUGAUGUCACUGCUUGGUUGUCACAGGCUCAGGCUUCUAUAUAUCCUCGGAUAUUUGGUCAUGAAGCAUCAGGGAUCGUUGAGAGUGUAGGGCAAGGAGUGACUGAAUUUGUAGAAGGAGACCAUGUGCUAACCUUAUUUACUGGGGAAUGCAUGAGAUGCAGACACUGUACCUCAGGCAAAAGCAACAUUUGCCAAGUUCUUGGAUUAGAACGAAAAGGUGUUAUGCAUAGUGAUCAGAAGAUGCGGUUCUCUAUAAAAGGGAAGCCGGUUUAUCAUUAUUGUGCAGUUUCAAGUUUUAGUGAAUAUACGGUUGUACACUCUGGUUGCGCAGUCAAGGUUAGUUCAAAUGCGCCUUUGGAUAAAAUCUGCCUCCUCAGUUGUGGAGCGGCAGCAGGUCUAGGUGCUGCUUGGAAGGUUGCAAAUAUCUCGGAAGGAUCAAAAGUGGUCAUUUUUGGUCUUGGGACUGUAGGCCUUUCUGUUGCACAAGGUGCUAAAAUGAGGGGAGCAUCUCAAAUUAUUGGUGUAGACACAAUGCAAGAGAAAUACGAAAAAGCAAAGGCUUUUGGAGUGACCGAGUUUUUGAACCCAAAUGAUACUGAUGAACCCAUCCCACAGGUUAUAAAACGCUUAACUGAUGGAGGAGCAGACUAUUCAUUUGAGUGUAUAGGAGAUACAGGAAUGAUUACCACUGCAUUGCAAUCAUGUUGUGAUGGAUGGGGCUUGACCGUCACACUUGGAGUACCCAAGCUGAAGCCAGAGAUAACAGCUCAUUAUGGACUUCUUCUUACCGGUAGAACAUUGACAGGAUCUCUAUUUGGAGGAUGGAAACCGAAGUCUGAAAUUCCUUCAUUGGUUGACAUGUACCUAAGGAAGGAAAUUGAGAUAGAUGACUUGAUAACACAUAACCUGCCAUUUGAGGAGAUAAACAAAGCUUUUGAUCUGAUGAAAAGCGGGACUUGUUUGCGCUGCGUCAUACAUAUGCCUAAAUAGAAGGUUCUCCAAUGGCUGAAUGUUUUUCAUGGAAAUAGAUAGGCAUCACGAUGAACUGCGAGAAAAUUUGAUGUUGUAAUGUAGUGUAUGAUCAUUGCCUGCCAUAGGUUAUUUGUUCAGGAUGGUGGGUUGAGCUGUGCAAACUAUUUUUACAGAGGAGAGUUUGAUGUCAAAUCAAAAUGCAUUGAUUGGCCUCAGAGACAGUUUGCCGUUUAGGCAACUACUCAGAGAUUUCUAAUCAUUAGCUGAGUUAGAUGCAAUUAUCCAGUGAAGACCAUAUCAUUUAAAACCUUUUGUUCCUAGAUGUGGAUUUUGAUAUUGAUUCUUUUUUCACUAUAAGGAAGAACUUGGGUUUUUGA